AUGACGGACCAACCUUUAAAGAGGAUCCUCCAUAGGCCCGAAACGUCAGGAUGGAUGCUGGCUUGGUUUGUUGAGAUCAGUCCGUAUUGUCGUGAAUACCGACCUCGAACAACCAUCAAGGCGCAAGCCCUUGCUGACUUUAUAGCAGAAUGCUCCUUCAAUAAAGAGCAGGUAGAGCUCAACAAGAAACCUUCAAAAGCAAUGGAAGAAGAAGGCGAACGGCAGCCCUCACAAGAAUUCAGCUGGAAACUGUAUGUAGACGGAGCAUUGAGCGCUGGAGGUAGCGGGGCAGGAGUAAUGUUAAAGGGACCAGAAGGGUUCAAAGUUUGUUAUGCCCUACGACUAGAAUUCAGUGCCUCCAAUAACAUAGCAGAGUACGAAACCCUGAUAAACGGAAUGCUGAUAGCAAUGGAAAUAGGAGCGACCGACCUUGAAAUAAACAAGCUCGGCGAGCAAGGAGUCAAUGUGAAAUAUCAAAGAAUACCUCGAGAAGAAAACGAGGAGUUAGACAUGCUUAGCCGAUUAUCUGAAGAAGAGUUGGAACAACUCCCAAAUGAGGUAUCUAUACAACAUAUUAACAUUCCUGCCUUUGACAAAAUGGACGCUAUAAUGCAGGUCGAAGAAGGGCAGAGUUGGAUGACCCCGUAUCUAGAAUAUUUAGAGAAAGGAAAACUCCCGGAAGAUAAAGCUGAAGCAAAGAAAAUAGUAGCCCAAGAUCCCAAUUAUCAAGCAAUAAGAGGCACACUGUAUAGAAGGGGGAAAUCUAGCUCAUGGCUCCGAUGCAUAGGCCCAGAAGAAGCAACCAGGGUUAUGGAAGAAAUUCAUCAGGGAAUAUGUGGGGCUCAUGAAGGAGUAGGGACAUUGGCGAACAAAAUUUUUAGGCAGGGAUACUACUGGCCCACAGUCAAGAAGAAAACAGAGGAAUUUGUUAGAAGAUGCGAUGUGUGCCAAAGGUACGCCAACGCAAUCAACAUUCCAGCCACCCCUCAAUUCAGCAUAUCCAGCCUGUGGCCGUUCUCACAAUGGGGCAUAGAUAUCCUGGGACCUUUUCCUAAGACCACGGGGCAGAAGAAGUUCAUAAUAGUGGCUGUGGAAUAUUUUUCAAAAUGGCCAGAGACUAAAGCAGUUCCUACUAUCAUAUCAAGAAAAAUGAUAGACUUCAUCUGGGGCAACAUCAUCUACAGGUUUUGGAUACCGAGGGUGCUUAUAUCAGACAAUGCCAAGCAAUUUGACUGUAAGACUUUCAAGGAAUUCACAAAAAAUAUGGGCAUAUGGCACAAGUUCUCUUCGGUGGCCCAUCCUCAAACCAACGGCCAAAUAGAAGUUACAAACCGGGCCAUACUCCAGGGAUUGAAGAAGUGA